AUGAUCAGUAUAUCUACCGUCACGCUAAUGGCUCCUACGCAUAUAGCUUUUAAGGACGAAGGUGGGAUCAUUAGCGUUGAUUUCAAUGUUGGUAAGUCUGAUCGUAGCGUUCUGAAAGUCUCCGGCAAGCGUAAAAAGAAUGCUAUGCGGUCUGAAUCGAAUACAGCUUUGUGCAAAGUCUCCACUGCAAAUGAUUCUUAUAUUGUCAGGUGUUGUGUAAAAGGUUCUCUAUUGGAGGUGAACGAGAGAUUAAUCAAUCAUCCUCGGCUUCUUAAUUCAUCGGCUGAUCGUGAAGGAUAUAUUGCGAUAAUCAUGCCAAGACCUGCAGAUUGGACCAAAAACAAGGAGUCACUGAUCACCUUGGAAGAGUAUAAAGAAAAGAAAAAAGUGGCUCUAUGA